AUGUUCCGCGCUUGUUUGCGUUUUCUAGCUGUGAGUCCCUUCACACUUUUUAUGAUGGAUCAAAAAAACAAUCCCGCACUGAAGGGAUGUGCUAUCUCUAAGAGAGGGAAAUUACUCUCUAAGAUGUAUAAGGAACUCUCGCAAAACCAACGGCGUGAACUUAAUAUGCGUGCCGCCCGCCAUCCGAACCUUGGGAAGCGGUCGAAGACAGAAAUAACUGAUGAAAAGCGCUCGUCGCGUCGCAAGAGCAAAGGAACUUUCGCAACGUUUGUGAAGAAUAACUACGCAUCAGUGCGUGGAUUGAAUUAUCGCAAGCGGUUUGCAGCACUUUCCAAGUUAUAUAACUUAUCCCGGCCUAUACAAAUGGAGGAAGUAAUUAAAAGUAUGCCAAAAGGGCAUUCCCUUGCUGCGUUGCCUGGAGGAAAGGGUUCCGCUAGUGUUAAGGCAAAAGAGAAGGAAGUAGUAAUAGCGAAGGCAGUUCAGGACGCUAGUGAAAUGUUGCGAGCGGCGCAAAAAGAAGGGGGAAAAUCCGAUACAAGUGAAAAGAAACCAACACGGAAGGGACGGGGAGCACCGAAAAAGGAAGAGAAACCAACUCAAAAAGAAAAGAAGGUAACGAAAAAAAAGUGA